AUGGACCAUGCGUCAGUUCCCUCCCCGGCCCAGUUAGCACUGGCAGUGGCAAUCGUCAAGCAAAAGCCCGUCGACCAGGACAUCAAAGGCAAACAACACAUCAAGGAAGUCAAAGAUAACGAUCAAUCAUAUCCCCAGGAGAAGUUCUUCGACAGCGUGUCGUUCUGGCAGCAAGCGUACGAAAAAUCCGAGGCAGAGCAGAGUACAUUGUUAGAUCGGAUUUACGAACUAGAACGGCGCAAUGAAGCCCUUUUCUCCAAGUUACGGACACAAGAAGGGGAUCUGGAAAAGGACCAAGGAUCAUCCAAGAGGAAAGCUCCCGCAGGGAAGAAUGGCGCUGCGACGCGGAAACGGGCAAAGACCCAGGUAUUCUCUCGGACAAAUGGGCCGUCUGGUUCUGGUCCUGCAUCGAAUGAAGAUGGAAUAGGGAGUUUCGAGUAUUCGGAGGAAGCGUCAUUAUGCAAGGCAGCAUCGGAUGGAGUGCUUCGUGCAGGUAGCCAAAAAGGAACGACUGCUGGUCGCUCUAAGAAGGUCACAGUACGGAGAAAAGAGCCUGAUGUUCCUGCGGUUUUACGCAGCGUGGAACACACUUUUAAGCUUCUAUCUCAGGCGCUGGAAAAGCUUUCGGAGUCUGAGCAUGAUUCUGGCCAGGUAAUCUAUCAUACUGUCAACCUGUAUGAGUCAACCCUGAAUGCUCUUCAACAACGUUGCAGGGUUCGAAGCGAACAGGCUCCUAGCAAGACAAAAUCGAAUAAACAAAAACAGCCUGCAAAAUCCAAGAGGGCUACAAAGAACCAGUCUACUGAUACACAGUCCAAUGCUGAGGAUGAAAUAGCGACGCAACUCACCCGUCUCCUAUAUAGUAUGACCCUCACCUUUGGCCCUUCUUUUCCGUUACGCCAGACUCCCCUCGAAGGGUUCCUAUCCAUUCUUCUCAGUCGCGUAGGCAAAUUGCUGAGUCUCUUCGUAUUCCAAGAUUUACAACUACAGCCAGAUCUUCAACUAGAUCCCGCGAAACUCCCGCUUCCUGGCGGUUUACGGGAAGUUGAUGUGGAUGAGAAGUCACUGUGCGCAGCAAAAAUGGAAGCGAAACAGCUCGUCUGGCUUCUAGAAAGAUUCCUAGCCUUAUUAGACACCGUUCCAAGUCUGUCUUCGUCGCUAGUUUCUCAGGAAGGUGGUACAGGUAGUAUAUUUGUUUCAAAUAUCAAGGAGAGACUUCAAAGCACUCUCCUGCAAGCGGUCUUUGGUAAAAGCGUGGGAUUCAAGAAUGUCUUGCAAUGUCCUGUUCAGCCUGAACAGGCAGACCUCAACAGGUUCCAAACAUCUUUUCGAACUUCAGAACAAGAUAUCCCCGACUGGUUUGUCCAGGAAGUAUGGAGAUUGCUAGGCUGGGAAAUACUCGCAAACAACUUGUAG